AUGUCUUCCUCCGGCCUCAACGCAAUGGGCAUAACAAACACCACCUACGCCCUGGCAGACCGCCAAACUUCGAUGGAACUCAUCGACGGUAUACUCCACAACUCCCGCCAGCAAGCCGAGGCCAGAGCACGCGCAGCCGGCAAGAAGGCAGCCGACCUCGAGACUUCAUCAGCCACCACAGCAUGGACGGAUGCCAGCAUCAGCACUGCUGCCGACGCGGACAAGACGAAGAAGAAGAAGAACAAGGCCGACUUCUUCUCCAGGAGACACUGCUCAGACAACUCCCAGGUUUCCAUCUCUCGUCCAUAG